AAUGGCUCUUUUGAUAGUAAAGGUUGCAGACCCCUGGGCUAGAGGGAGAGGCUAAUAAUCAGGUGUUUCUAGUUCUCCACCUCCUCCUCCUCCGUCGCCCUGACGUCACUGCCAGGCUCUCUCCACGCAGCGGCGGUGCUGAAGCUGAACAAAGAUGGCUGUGUGUCGAGGAGCGGAGAGCUGAGAGAGAGAAGUGGAGGGAAAGAGUCUCACAUUUAGACAGACACGCCAAAAAAAAAAAAAAGACAGAAAGGAUUGCGACGCUGGCGUUCACUCUCGAAGUGUGAAGAUUUUUUAUUUUUUUAUUUUUGCCAGGCACCACCAAUCACUGCCAGGCCCUGAGUCUUCUUCCAGCGACGGCAGGCUUCUCCAUCCAUCCAUCCAUCCCCAGAACCAACGAUACAUUCCCAGGCUGUAUAUUGCACUGAUUAAGCUCAAUUAUACGGAAGCUGGAAGUGAAGAAGCUGGACCCUGUACUAAAGGCACAUAUAAGAGAUGUCAUUGCUGUGUGUUGGAGUGAAGAAAGCCAAGCUCGAUGGACCCCAAGAGAAAUUUAACACAUACGUGACCCUGAAGGUGCAGAAUGUUAAGAGCACAACCAUCGCCGUGCGUGGCAGUCAGCCAUGCUGGGAGCAGGACUUCAUGUUUGAAAUAAACCGCCUGGAUCUGGGCCUGACAGUGGAGAUGUGGAAUAAAGGGCUGAUCUGGGACACCAUGGUGGGCACCUUAUGGAUCCCUCUGCGCAACAUACGGCAGUCCAAUGAGGACGGUCCAGGCCAAUGGCUGACCCUGGACUCCAAUGCGAUCAUGGCUGAGAAUGAGAUCUGUGGAACCAAAGACCCGACCUUCCACAGGCUGCUGCUCGACACCCGCUUUGAACUGCCACUAGACAUUCCUGAGGAAGAGGCUAGAUACUGGGCCAAGAAACUUGAACAACUAAACGCCAUGAGAGAUCAAGAUUAUGCCUAUCAAGAAGAACAGGAGCGACCACUCCAUGCACCAACCACACAGUGCUGUAAUUGGAGUCUGUGGGGAGAUCAGCAAAACGAGGAUCCAGACAGCGCCGUGGACGACAGGGACAGCGACUACCGCAGCGAGACCAGUAACAGCAUCCCGCCUCCCUACUACACCACCUCCCAGCCCAACGCCUCCAUGCACCAGUAUCCCAUGAGGCAGCAGCAGUAUAUACACUCCUACAACGACGAAAUCCCUGAGCUGGACUACGAUCAAAGAGCCAUGAGACGCUAUGAUAGUUUAGACUCGGCCACCAACGGGCGCAGCGAUAUCGACUCAGGCUCAGGGUCGAGCCGGCGCACCAGUCGUCAGUAUUCUCUAGACAGUAGGCACUCACUGUCCGAUAGUCCCACAGACAGUCGUUACGCCUCGUCAGGCGAGUUGAGUCGAGGCAGCUCUCAGCUCAGUGAGGAGUUUGUCGCCGAGGACGGCGAGAGCUUGCGAGGUUCGGAGUUCUACGAUGAAAACGACUCCUACCACUCCUGCCACUCCUCCGUCAGCUACGGCAAAGAGGACUCCCCAGUGUGGGAGGGCGAGGGCGAGGACCCCCAAGCCGUCUACAGCGACGAGGGAGGCUACCUCAAAGAUGGAGGGGAAGAGGGGGCCCUGUAUGCCGAAGAGGAGGGUGACAUGUACGGGGAGGAAGGAGAGUACAACUACGAAGAUGAGGAAGAGAUGCCUUUUGAGGAAGACGAAGAUAUGUAUCCACUUGACGGCACACUCAGUGAAGACCAGGAGCCGCCCUACACCCCCACACCCACAAGCACUGCCCCCACCCUCAUGCCCCCCUCUGAUAGUCUGUCCUCCACCAGGCCACCGCUGGAGAAGCAGGCGUCGUUGCAUCAGCAGCGGCCAGCCCAUGAUCAGCUCCAGCCCCCCAGCACAGCUCCCAGUCUACCUCUAGUCACGCAGGACGACACGUUGCCCCCAUUCAGCGCAGAAUCCACCAAGCCUCCCUUCGCACCCACCCAGCCGGCUCUGUCGACCACCACUAUAUCCACCCCCACGACUAUAUCGCAGGUUCCAGCUCCAGAUACCAAGCCCCUGGAGCCUGAACCCAAGUCCGAGGUGCCGCUGGAGGAACCUCCAACUCCCGAGCAGCCUCCAGCGGCAGAGAUCGUCCCUCCAGCUCCUGAAGAGAGAACAGAGGAGCGACCUGUUCCAAGCUUCCCAAAGAGGGAACUCAUGGAACCUGGUCUUGCCAGAGCCAAAGCCAACUGGCUUCGACUUUUCAGUAGAGUACGACUACAGCUGCAAGAGGCCCGAGGAGAAAGUGUUGGCAUCGCCUCUCUGCUUUUAUCAGCAGGGAUGGGUGGCGCUCUGUAUAGCAUUGACAGCAUGCCAGACCUCAGGAAGAGGAAAGCUAUGCCUCUCGUCCGAGAUCUGGCUAUGUCCUUGGUCCAGAACUCCAGGAAGGCAGGCAUCACCUCGGCUCUGACGUCCAGCACCCUGCAUAACGAAGAACUGAAGAGUCAUGUCUACAAGAAGACCCUCCAGGCCCUCAUAUAUCCCAUCUCCUGCACCACCCCACACAAUUUUGAGGUGUGGACCGCCACCACGCCCACUUACUGCUACGAGUGUGAGGGGCUGCUGUGGGGUAUUGCUCGCCAGGGAAUGCGCUGUACCGAGUGUGGAGUCAAAUGCCACGAGAAGUGCCAAGAUCUACUCAAUGCUGACUGCCUGCAAAGAGCAGCAGAGAAGAGCUCCAAACACGGCGCGGAGGACCGAACCCAGAACAUCAUCAUGGUUCUUAAAGACCGCAUGAAGAUCCGCGAGAGGAACAAACCUGAGAUUUUCGAACUCAUUCAGGAGGUGUUCACCGCCCCCAAGACCACCCACGUCACCCACAUGAAGCAGAUCAAACAGAGCGUGCUCGAUGGCACCUCUAAAUGGUCGGCCAAGAUCUGCAUCACAGUGUUGUGCGCCCAGGGUCUACAAGCCAAGGAUAAAACCGGCUCCAGUGAUCCUUAUGUCACCGUCCAGGUGGGGAAGACCAAAAAGAGGACCAAGACCAUCUACGGCAACCUCAACCCUGUCUGGGAGGAGACAUUUAAUUUUGAAUGUCACAACUCCUCAGACCGCAUCAAGGUGCGGGUGUGGGAUGAGGAUGACGACAUCAAGUCUCGCGUAAAGCAGAAGUUCAAGCGGGAAUCGGACGACUUCCUUGGUCAAACUAUCAUCGAGGUCCGCACUCUGAGCGGAGAGAUGGACGUCUGGUACAAUCUGGACAAGCGUACAGACAAGUCAGCCGUGUCUGGAGCAAUCCGCAUGCAUAUUAAUGUAGAGAUCAAAGGAGAGGAGACGGUCGCCCCCUAUCACGUUCAGUACACCUGUUUGCAUGAAAACCUCUUCCACUAUGUGACCGAUAUCCAGAACAAUGGUGUGGUGAAGAUUCCCGAUGCCAAAGGGGAUGACGCGUGGAAGGUCUACUUUGAAGAAACUCCCCAGGAGAUUGUAGAUGAGUUUGCCAUGCGUUAUGGAGUGGAGUCCAUCUACCAGGCCAUGACUCACUUUGCCUGCCUGUCAUCUAAGUACAUGUGCCCAGGUGUGCCUGCAGUGAUGAGCACCCUACUGGCUAACAUCAAUGCCUACUACGCUCACACCACCCAAGCAACAAACAACGUCUCUGCCUCCGACCGCUUUGCUGCUUCUAACUUUGGGAAAGAGCGAUUUGUCAAGCUUCUAGACCAGCUUCACAACUCUCUGAGGAUUGACCUGUCCAUGUACCGGAACAACUUCCCUGCCAGCAGUCCUGAGAGGCUGCAGGACCUCAAGUCCACAGUGGACCUCCUCACCAGUAUCACCUUCUUCAGAAUGAAGGUUCAAGAGCUUCAGUCUCCUCCCAGAGCCAGUCAGGUAGUGAAGGAUUGUGUCAAAGCCUGUCUCAACUCCACCUACGAGUAUAUCUUCAAUAACUGUCAUGAGCUGUACAGCCGCGAGUAUCAGACAGACCCGGCCAAACAGGGUGUUGUGCCUCCGGAGGAGCAGGGACCUUGCAUCAAGAAUCUGGACUUCUGGUCCAAACUCAUCACACUUAUCGUCUCCAUUAUUGAGGAGGACAAGAACUCCUACACUCCCUGCCUAAACCAAUUUCCCCAGGAGCUCAACGUUGGUAAAAUCAGUGCUGAAGUGAUGUGGAACCUGUUUGCUCAGGAUAUGAAGUACGCAAUGGAGGAACAUGAAAAGAAUCGCUUGUGCAAGAGUGCAGAUUAUAUGAACCUGCACUUCAAGGUCAAGUGGCUGUACAACGAGUACUGCAAAGAUCUGCCCUUCUUCAAGAGCAGAGUGCCUGAAUAUCCUGCGUGGUUUGAGCCAUUUGUUAUUCAGUGGCUGGACGAAAACGAGGAAGUGUCUCGGGACUUUCUGCACGGUGCUUUGGAGAGAGACAAAAAAGAUGGGUUCCAGGUCACAUCAGAACAUGCUCUCUUCUCCUGUUCGGUGGUGGACGUGUUUUCCCAGCUCAACCAGAGCUUUGAGAUCAUCAGGAAGCUAGAGUGUCCGGAUCCGCAGAUCGUAGGACACUAUAUGAAGCGAUUUGCUAAGACCAUCAGCAAUGUGCUUCUGUCCUAUGCUGAUAUCAUAUCCAAGUUGUUUGCCAACUAUGUCACCAUGGAGAAAGUGCCCUGCAUCCUGAUCAACAACAUCCAGCAGCUGAGAGUUCAGCUGGAGAAGAUGUUUGAGGCCAUGGGUGGAAAAGAUCUGUGUAUUGAGGCCAGCGACAUCCUGAAAGACCUGCAGAUUAAGCUCAACAAUGUAAUGGAUGAUCUCAGCAGGGUCUUUGCUGUCAGUUUCCAGCCUCACAUAGAGGAGAAUGUGAAGCAGAUGGGAGACAUCUUGGCUCAGGUGAAGGGAACUGCAAAUGUAGGAAAUGCCAGCAGCGUGGCUCAGGAUGCUGACAACGUCCUGCAGCCCAUCAUGGAGUUCCUGGACAGCAACCUGACUUUGUUUGCUAAGAUCUGCGAGAAGACUGUGCUGAAACGUGUGCUGAAGGAGCUGUGGAAGCUGGUUAUGAACACCAUGGAGAAGACCAUCGUUCUGCCGCCACUCACAGACCAAACGAUGAUUGGGAGGCUGAAGAAUGCUUCUCACAGUGAUGGCACUCAGCUCAUCUUUAACGCUGCCAAGGAGCUGGGACAGCUGUCCAAACUGAAGGAGCACAUGGUUCGAGAGGAGGCCAAAGCACUCACCCCUAAGCAGUGCGCUGUGAUAGAGCUGGCCCUGGACACCAUCAAGCAAUAUUUCCAUGCUGGUGGUGUGGGUCUGAAGAAGACUUUCCUGGAGAAGAGUCCUGACCUCCAGUCUCUCCACUACGCCCUGUCCCUCUAUACGCAGGCUACGGACAAACUCAUCAGGACCUUUGUCCAGUCACAGAACUCACAAGUGUUCGGCGGGAAGGGGGUGAGGUUCACCACUAGUGAGGAUGUUUACCCAGAAAAGGGCUCUGGGGUGGACGAUGCUGUGGGAGAGGUGUCCAUCCAUGUGGAGAUUUUCACUCACCCCAACACUGGAGAGCACAAGAUCACAGUAAAAGUGGUGGCUGCCAAUGACCUGAGGUGGCAGACGCAGGGAAUAUUCCGGCCAUUUGUGGAGGUCUAUAUCAUCGGCCCUCACCUCAGCGACAAGAAGCGGAAGUACGCCACCAAGUCGAAGAACAACAGUUGGGCUCCCAAAUACAAUGAAACCUUCAUGUUCCCCCUCAGUAGCGAGGCGGGUCCUGAGUGCUACGAGCUGCAGGUGUGUGUGAAGGACUACUGCUUUGCGCGAGAGGACCGCACCGUGGGCAUGGCCGUCCUGCAGCUGAAGGACUUAGCCUCCAAAGGCAGCGUCGCCUGCUGGCUGCCGCUAGGUAAACGCAUCCACAUGGACGAGACGGGCCUCACCGUCCUGCGUAUCCUCUCCCAACGCAACAACGACGACGUGGCCAAGGAGUUUGUCAAGCUCAAGUCGGACCAGCGCUCUGCAGAGGAGGGCCGCAGCUAAGAGACACUACAGAAUAUAAAACUACCCAUCUGAGGCUCAAUCAGACAUCACCACCUACUGCCCUGGAGCUCUCCUGAGCCACUGCUAGCCACUGCCCUGCUGAUCCAGUGUUGUAAAAAGAACCAGUGUCUUGUUGCAGAUCUUAUCAGCCAUCCUGAUGAACAAUACAUUGAGUUAAAUCAUAGAGGAUACUUCCCUCUGUCCGUAGAGGUGAGUCAUGCACACAUACACACCUCGUUUGACUGGUUAAGGUGAGAAAUAUCUUGUAGCCUUUAAUAUUUUUGGCUUCCUCUCGUCCCUUCCCUGGCCUGCACCCGCUCAGAGAAGGGACGGCAAGUGCCAACAGAUAACCGCUGAAAUAUGCCAAGACCAGCCCUAAGCACAACUGCCCAACUGACCCAUUAACAACAACGACAACGCCUGCAAGGCCUCAAACAUUCCAGAUAUCGGGGCACGGGAACAAAGCACUAUUUAGUUAAGAUAAUUUUAAUAUUUAUUUACUGCUCUCUUCCAAAUUAUAUUUAUAUUUAAAUAAUUCUAUAUGUCAUAAUAUAUGAAAAAUUAUAUACAGGAUUAUUCGAUGGACGUGAGGUCCUUGAAAGAUUGUCCUCGUCUGUCUUUAUGUCCGUCUACCCUGUAACAGAGCACACUGCCUGACACCCUCAAUGCCUUCUGUCUUGUUGACCCUCGUACGGUUAUGUAUGUCUCCUAUAUAGCGACUGUAUAACCUGAUGAAAACACGCCUUCAAGCACUGUGAUUCAUCAGGGUACGUGUGUGAGAAUGUAUAAUGUGCGAGUGCGUUUGUAAGAUGUUCCAAUGUUGACCUCAUGUAGCUGCCCGUGUUGCCUGUUACCUGCAAAUGUAAUCACAGAAAGCCAUCACACAGAGGGGGGUGUUCAUAUUCAGAUUAGAUUUUAGAGGAUUUUCAAAGUGUCUUUAACUCUGGGGGUGGAUGCAUCUUAUAUCUUAAGAUAAUAUUUCCAUUGUUUUUUUUGUUACUGUAAACAUUCCCAACAGCCCUGUACUGGGUGUGUGAAAUAGAGAAAGGAAAACUUGACUGCCACUUCCUUUUCUUAAAAAAAAAACAACAAUUUGCCAAAUCAAAAGCUGCAUGUAAGGAGAUCAUAAAGACCUGAAAUCCUAUUUUUGCAACAUGCUCUGAGGCAAAAAAUCUACGCGGGUCACCAAACAACACACGCUGCACUCCACGGAGAAUCACUAAUGACCAUCCGUGAUCCAGCUGCAGGUGCUGUAACCCUGAUCUCUGAUACCGAGAAGUCAGACCUCUGCUAAGGGCUGCAGAUCCAGACCCACACCAGGUCUGGCGCUGACAUUUAAAAGAGGGCCUACAGCUUAGUAGAGAUAUAGUGUGAAGAUUUAGAAGCACAGGGUCUUUAAUGCACCCAUAAUAACACAUUUCUACUCUGAUCUUUUUUUAUUAUGUUUAUGGAAUGACAGGAAUUACAAAGCUUCAAAUCAUCCUACAGUUUAAAUUUCUUUAUAUAUCUGUGUGAAACUAAAUGUUUUGACUUGACUCUUGACUGUCCAGCAUGUCUCUUAAUUCAACUUCUAUUUUCAUGAAUGCCCUUUUUUAAAAAAAAGAUUGGUUUAUUUAUCUAUAAGAGGUGUGUAUGUUUGUUUGGAAGCUAGAGUCCAAGUUUAAUAACGACAGGGUGUUUUGUUUGUUUUUUCUAUUUCUGCCUCUUUUUAAGUUCCCCCCAAAAGCACUUGAUCGUAAAUGAAUAAUUUAACAGACCCCCUC